AUGAACAUUGACAAUAAUAUAUACAAAAGACCUACUGCCAGGGUUCAAGGAAUGUCCUCCAGACAGCAAGUUCUUUAUUUAUUGCAAAAAACGCAGAAGGAAGCCAACUGGGACAUGGAAAAUGACUCUGAUUUCCAAGAUGAAUUAUCCCAAGAAACCUACCAAAAUACCAAUGACGAGCUAUAGUAGCCCAGUAAGAGAAGAGUUUUAGACAGUUAUUCAGUGCCAUAUAAUGAAGAAUUGGAAAUUAAAAGAGAGAAAAUGAGGCAACAAGAGAUAAAGAAUCACCCUGAGCGUUUCCGCUUACUUGCUUAUUCUCUGUCCCAGUUCACGCCAAUCAAGAAAAACAAAUAUCUAGAGAGAAAGCGGCAUAUUCUACUCGAGAAAGAAGCAAACUAGCUAUUGGUUUGUAAUUGCCAAAGAUCAACUAUAAAAAAGAAUGAAAAAACUAAUCCAUUACAAUCAUUUAACUGUGGUGAGAGGUGUAUCAAUAGAUGUGUAUCUACUGAGUGCUGCGUAUAGACGUGUCCUAGCGGGGCAUUUUGCAAGAACAGAAGAUUUCAAUUACACUAAAAUGCUUACGUGUUCCCGGCCAAAACCGAGAAAAAAGGCUGGGGAUUAUUUGCUGGUGAGUUUAUACCUAAGGGAACUUUUAUAAUGCAGUACGUUGGUGAAGUAUUCUCUGUGGAUUCUGACCUUGGAUAAGAGAGAGUUUAGUAAUAUAGAAACUCUACUUGCACAUAUCUUAUGCGGACUACAAACAACGAAGUAAUAGAUCCCACUUACGUUGGUAAUAUUGCGAGGUUUAUUAAUCACUCUUGCGAACCAAGCUGUGAAACUCAAAAAUGGAAUGUGUUAGGUGAGGUUUGUGUUGGCAUAUUCGCUUUAAGAGAUAUAUAAGAAAAUGAAGAACUAUCAUUUGAUUACUAAUUCGAUUUCUUCAAGACUCCCUUUACCAAAUGUUAUUGUGGCACUUCAAAAUGCAAAGGUUAUCUAGGAGUACUCUCAAGGAAUAACGAGGAUGAUGAUGAAGAAUUAGAGAAUCCUCUGUGUGUUUAUUGCCAGGAUUAUAUCAAUGAUAAAGAUGAUUUAGUAGUCUGUAAUGGAAAUUGCAGAGAAACUUAUCACAUUAUCUGCAUCAUUAAGAAAGAAGGCAAGACCAAAACUUAGGCUCAAGCUCUCAUGUAGCAAUCUGAUAGAAGAAACUUUUUAUGUCGAGAUUGUCUAACAUCUUUGAAUAUAAAGAAAAGGAAAAAUAAAAAAUUGAAUAGAGAGGGAGAGGAUUCAUCAUAAUGGUAAAAUGACAGUAAUACUCUUGAAAACCCCUAAGAAGAUAAAGAUGACGAUAAUCAUGAUGAUAAUGUGCUACCUUGGGAAUCUAAAGAUCCAAAUGUGAGAAAAUAUUAUGAAGAUAGCAAAAAAAACAGGGAAAUAGACAAGAUUAUAAUGAGAGAGAUCGAUCUAAUCAUCCAGAAUAUGGCAGAAAUCAAUGAGUUAGCUAAUUAAAAUAGUAAAAUGAAGAGAGCGAAGAAGAAAAAUAGUCAAUUUAGUGAUUUUUACAACUUUAUAUCUGAACUUUAGAAGAGAUUGAAGAUGAGAUCUAGUGGAGAUAAAGAGCAUAUUAAAUUUAGAAAGCACAAGGAUGAUAUAUAAGAGAGCAAAAGGAACAAACUUUAGCUUCUAUAGUCUAAGAAAAAUCUUAAAUUAAGUAAGAUUGAUCUAGAAGAAGUGAAGAAAAAAAGAGGUAGGCCGAGAAAAAUCUAAUCAUCUUAAUCAUUUGCAAGUCAUAAGGAGUACAUUCAACCCAAGCUCUAGCAAUCAUAGAGUGCACAGUUCAGCAAAAAUGACUAGAUAUAAAGCUUUUCAAGGAAAAUUAUGACUAUAGAGAACGACUUCCUAAGAAGUCAAUCAAAGAAGUAUAUAGAUUAGCUUUCUGAGACUGAAAAUAUUAGGAAAAUUAAUUCUAUGUUAAGUCCAUCUUAGCUUUUGAUUGGUGAUAACAAGAUAGAAGUUGAUUAAACUCAUGAUUCAUUUGUCAGUCAUGAAAAGGAAUAGGACUUUUAAGAGGAUGAGGGUAUGGAAUAGGACUUUGAUGAUGAAGGUGAGGAUGACGAUUAGCAAGAUUUAGAUUAGAUUGACGAAGAGGAAGAUGAUGAUGAUUAUUUUGAUGAGGAGGAUAAUGAUGAUAAUGAGGAUUUAGAUUUAUCUAACGUUAAUAAUGUUGAAUUAAAUCUUGAAAAACUUCAGGGCCUCAACGAAGAGGAGGAAGAAGAGAAAUUACAAGUGAGAUCAGGCCAAGAUGCUCACACUGGAGGUAGUUCCAAGUCCUUCCAAACAGCUAAUAAUGUAAUUAAUUCCUAAAAUUUCGGAAAACAAUCAAGUAUUCAAAGCUCCCUAACCAACGAAUCAAUUUUGAUUAAAAGACUGAGAUAGCUCUCUGGCGAGCAUGAUCUAUUGAUUGGGAGUGAUUACUUAAUUAAAAGAACUCCUAUAAAGCAGGGACUUAUUUUCAAUUAGAGUCCAAGCAAGCAUUCUAUUCUCUAAACUGGGUAGUCAAGUAAUGAAAUAGGUUAUCAUAGAGAAAAGUUUUUAGUAUAAAACUUUAUUCGAAUAAGAAUUGAUGAAUUUCUGAAGGAAUAGCUGAAAAAUGAAUCAAAUCUUACCCCUUCAGAACUUAUUGUUAGAGAAUCAAAACUCAAUAUCUACGAGACUGUUUUCAACAUAGUCAUUAAUGAUAACAUCGAUACAUUAUAGUGCAUUCCAACUAAGUUCUAAAUAUUUUGGGAACAGUCAUGGGGUGGAAUGGUCACUGUAAGAUUGCAAAGUACUUUAAAGUAGUAUAUUUUCAUCACUAAUCUGAUGCAAGAAGUCACUGACAUGCUAUUUAAAAGCAACUUGCUGACCUAAAAUAGCUCAACUGGCUACUUUAUUGGUCAGAAAUUAGAUCUGGUCUCAAAUAAAGAUGUAAAGUCUCAAUUUCCGUUUGAUAUAGUGCUGCUUAAAGUUCCUAAGAACUUCAUCAGAAAGUUAGUGGGCUAUUAAGAAAAGACUUUGACAGAGUAUAGAAAGAUAUUUGCAGUCGAUUUCUACUUUGACAGAGAGCUACUGACUGAUGACGUAUUCCAUAUGCAUGAGAAUACAGAGCUUAGAAUAUUCGGUAAAAAUCAAGAUGUCUACGCUGUUAAUGAACUAGUGCAAAAAGAACUUGAGCAAAUCAAAAUGAAGACUAUUUUGCUUCAAAUGAAUGAUUGCAAGUUGCUGAUGGAUAAUGUAAAGGAAGUUAAAGUUUUGGUUGAUCCAUGCGAAAUCAGAGUCAAGCGAAUGAUGAGAGAAUGGAAAGAUCUUAGGCAUCCAUUUUACUAUCUGCCAAACUACUUCAGAGAAAUGGCUCUUAUUGGUAAAAUUCAGGAAAUUAGAGACGCCGAGUUAAGAAUUGAGCAAUUUUUCUUGUCAAAAAGAGACAUGAACUAUGUGAAUAACCAAUAGAUUAGCUUUCUGCUUCCUAUCUACUUCAAAAGUAUCAGCAAUGAGAUUAAAAAUCAAGUGAGUUUGAGAUGCCCCUCCAUCCAAUUAUUCUUCUAUGAACCAACAUAUCCCAGGAAACAUCUGACAGUAUUGAUGAUAGGCCCUUGGUAAGCCUUAAUGCAGGCGAAAAUUAUACUUGAAGAGUAGGCAAAUGUUUAUAUGUUCAGAAAUAAUCAUAGUUUCGAAAAUUUUCAAUAGUUUACCUACCAUUAGCAGAUUAGAUUCUCGUUUAAGAGUCUAAAAAGAUUUGUUUUAGAGAAGGAUAUAAAGUAUCUAAAUCAUUGGGAUCUAUGCUCUAUAUUCUUAGAGGAUGCAGGUAAAGAACCCGUAUUUGAAGACUUAAAGAAAUAAUUAAUGAGCAGCCAAGCAGAAAUUCAAUCCUAUAUUAUGAAUCCAUUAUUGAUAAAUCAGCCUUAGCUUCAAAUACUUUCAGCUUCUUAAUCAUUCCCAGUUUAUCCAUUCUCCGCAUAGAAUCAGCUAUUCUAGCAACAAUAGCUAAUGAUCUAGGCCUAAAUUGAGCAAAAAAGGCAGUUAAUUAUUAUGGAGAAGAUGAAGGAUUAUAAGGCUUUAGUUGAUUUCUUGAAAAACUAAGAUGUUGAGACUUGCAUUAAUAGCUUAUUCGUUCUUCACGAUUACGAAAAUGCUGAAGAAUCCUUAAGUAAACUCAUGAACAGACUCAAAGUUAAUAAGAACGAGCUUAUUCAGUUUAUGAAUGUUAUGCUUACUAGAAAUGUUGAAGACUAUGAGGAUAGCAUUAGAAAUUUCAGUAGUCGGUAUGAGUAAGUGAGAGUCAUUGAUCAAAGUCAAAACGAUGAGGAAAAACUCGUCAUUUAGCAAAACAGAGAUUCAAUGAAAAGAUACAAAAAUACCUAUGGUGAUACGUAGUCAUAUAAUCGAAGUAGAUCCCAUUCUUACAGAUAAGAAUUAAAUUAUCAUGGAAGGAAUGACAGAGAUGAAGGAAGUUAUGACAGAGGAUAUAGCAAUAAGAAUAAUUAGAGAAUCUAACCAUUUAACCCAGACAAUUAUCAAAAUGCUUAGCCAAGAACUGAAUAGAAAGAAUCAAGAAGCAGCUACUAUAGCAGAAGCAAAAGUAAAAGUAGGAGAAGAAAGUAAUCCUACACUAGCGAUAGGAGUUCAAGUGAUAGAGGAACUAACUAUAGAUCCUCGAAGUAUAAUAGAGAUCAUCAUAGUGAGAGUCCGGAUAAUCACAGACGAUAUCACGAUGCUAGAAUAUCUUAAAAUAGGCAUAAUCGCAAAAGAUCAGAUUCAAGAGACUACAACAGGUCUUAUAAGGAUUCAACUUAUAAUAGAAGUGGGUAUUCUUAAAGAGGAAGAGACAGAGACGAUUCAUCUCAUCACUAUAGAAAGAGAGAUUAUGAAGAUAGCCAUUAAUAUAACUCCAAUUAUCAUCAUAGAGAUAGAGGAAGAAGUAGUGGUAGUGAGAGAUCCAGCAAUGAAUAUGAUAAUUACAACUAUCGCAAUAGUAGUCAUCACAAUAACAGAGAAAGAGAAAGAUCAAGGCAUGGUGACUACAGUUCAUCGCGAUACAAUGAUCAAUAUUAGCAUUAAACUCAUGGUCCUAGCAGCUCUCACCGUUAUCAUGAUUACAACUCCAGUAAUCAUUAUAAUAGCUAUACAAAGAAAUACGAUGACUACAGCAGUUAUAACCGAUCAAGCAGACACAAUUACAGUUCGAGAAGGAGAUCAAGAUCUUAUAGAAGUGCUUCAAGUGAAAGGAGAUAUAGGAGUCCAAGUCAUUAUCACAGGUACAGAAGAAGAUCAAGAUCAUAUUAUGGAGGACACUACAGAAGGUCAAGGUCAAGAUAUGAAAGGCACCAUCGCCAUCAUCAUCACCAUUAUCAUAAAGAUCCAUAUCACCAUGUCAGAGCCCUCUAGAACGCUAACAGAGUGAAGCACAAGGGAGGCUUCGACUAUGGUUAAAUGUCCAGUAACUUUGGCGUGCCAAUUCAGAAUCAAGCCUAUGGAAAUGAUUAGAGCUUUGCUAAUCAUCAGAGUAAUGCAAGCUAGCAAAAUCAAAACUAAACUUACAGCAAUAUGAUGAGACAAUAGAAUCAGUAUGCUAGUGGGUUUGGAAACUACAGCAGCAACUAUCGCAACAGCAACAGCAACUUGAAUGAGGAGGGUCAACUAUGA